CGAAAACUUAAAACACGUGUGUGUGCGCAUUCUUUUUUGUGUGGACGAGCGUGCGGCUAGGAAUUAAGUGCGGACGGAAAAUAUAGAGAAAUAGUUUGAACAAUCAUGACGGACCUGCUGAAGUUAAGCGAUGCGAUUGUUCUGGAGUACCUGCAGUCGAAGGACAAGAACCUGGCCAAGGUUUUCCAGCAGAAGACGAAGGCGGCUAGCGUAGCUAAAAACACGCCGAAGCUGAGUGAGAUUCUGCAGUUCUACCAGACCAAGAGCACCACGAAGAUCCCGGCCAUCAAGGCGACGGCGGCGGAUAGCAGCGAUGAUAGCGACUCUGACUCAGAGGCGGAAGAGACAGCUAAGAAGCCAGCAGCUCCACUGACAAACGGCAAGGCAGCAAAGAAGGCAGCCUCUUCCAGCAGCGAGGACAGCGAUUCGGACGUGGAGAAGCCUGCGACAAAGGCCAUUCCGACCAAGGCUGCUCCCGCUGCCAAGAAGGCAGACUCCUCCAGCGAGGACAGCUCCUCGGAGGACGAGGCACCCAAGAAGGCGGCGACACCAGCCAAGCCAGCUCCAGCCAAGGCGACUCCUAAGAAGGCUGCAUCGAGCAGUGAGGAUAGCAGUUCCGAGGAGGAGGCAAAGCCCGCCGCUAAGGUCACACCGGCUAAGGCUGCACCUGCCAAGAAAGCCGCUUCUAGCAGCGAAGACAGCAGCUCAGAGGAGGAGGCGAAACCAGCCGCCAAGCCUGCAGCCAAGGCUGCACCGGCCAAGAAAGCGGCAUCUUCAAGCGAUGAUAGCGACUCCGAUGACGAGCCUGCAGCCAAGAAGCCUGCGAUCCAGGCUGCAGCCAAACCAGCCGAUUCCAGCAGCGAGGAAAGCGACUCCGAUGAUGAUAAGAAACCCGCAGUAAAGGCUCCCGCGAAGGCAGCCCCAGCCAAAAAGGCCGCUUCUUCUAGCGACGACAGCUCCUCGGAAGACGAGGCGCCUAAGAAGGCGGCAGUUCCAGCAAAGGCUACUCCCGCAAAGGCUGCUCCCGCCAAGAAGGCUGAUAGCUCCAGUGAGGACAGUUCUUCAGAGGACGAGGCACCCAAGAAGUCGGCUCCAGUCAAGGCGGCUCCAGCUAAGAAGGCUGCUUCCUCCAGUGAUGACAGUUCCUCGGAAGACGAGGCUCCCAAGAAGGUAGCUGCCGCACCAAAGGCAACACCAGCCAAAAAGGCCGACACAUCCAGCGAAGACAGCGACUCUGAUGAGGAGGAGCCUCCUAAGAAACCGGCGGCCAAGCCUGCUGCAAAGGUUACUCCCGCCAAGAAAGUCGAUUCAGAGGAUUCGUCGGACGAUAGCGACAGCUCUGAGGAUGAGAAACCGGCCAAGGCUGCUCCCAAGGCUCCGGCCAAGGCUGCCGCCUCAAGCAGCGAGGACUCUAGCGACGAUGAGACGCCGGCGGUGAAGCCAGCUGUGAAGAAGACUGCUGUUCCCGCAAAGAAGGAGGAGAGUAGCAGCGACGACAGUGACACUGGCGAAGAGGCCGGCGAGGUCAAGCCCCAGGCUGUGGCCAACGGCGGAGCGAAGUCCGGUCAGAAGCGCAAGUUAAGUGGUGGAGACCAGGAUGAGGCUACCCCGAACAAGAAAUACAGCAACUUUGUCAAAUCCGGAGAUCAACAGAAGAAUGAUUUUACCUCCACACCCAACAACAACUACACCCGAAACAGUCAGCACAACAAUAGCGGAGGGGGAAGUGGCCGACGGUCACCUUUCCGAAGAGUUCGCACCGAGGAUGUGGUGGUGGACUCCCGAGUCCAGGACAUGUCUUUCGAGGCGAAGAAAAACGCGGCCGGAUCUUGGGGUGAGAGGGCCAACAAAGACCUGAAGCACACGCGCGGCAAGUCCUUCAAACACGAGAAGACCAAGAAGAAGCGCGGCAGCUAUCGAGGCGGCCAAAUUGACAUAGGAGUCAAUUCAAUAAAAUUUGACUAGACUUAUACAUACACUAUGAAAUAAUCAAUAUUCUACGGAUACUUUUAGUCUGUAAGCAUAGGAGUAACUAUGUAGAAUAGUUCCUUUAUGCAAUAAUUUCGACAACUUGUAAACUCUUUCCAACUUUUAAUUUGACUCGAGGUAGUCCGCACAUUCCGAGUGCUGCGAAAAUUUUCUCCAACUUUUAUGGAAAAAAUUUGAGUAGCGCCUCGGAAUGAAUCCUAAGGACAGUAAACCCUGACCUGGCAAAUUUUAGUCACAUUUUAAAUAAUGGUCAUUACGACUUUACCGGACUAAAAAUUUUCCUUUUCUGACCGCUCUAGAUGUAAACGGAAUACUUCCUAUAAACCUUUUUAGACGUAAAUCCUUAUACAUUUUAUUUGUAUUGCCUUUAUGUAACCAAUAUCGUUAUUCUUUAUUUAAAAAGGUUUAUUAGAAAUCGAAAAUAACACCCAUCGGAUUGCCAGUCGCUUGAGCAAACAGGGCUGACUAAUACGAUUGGUGUUCAAUACAUUUCCCGUUAAUUUGUGGUGAUAACCAGCUUUUGGUUCAAAAAAGUAACAAUGUAAGAUCCAGUCAGAACUUCAAUACUUCAAAGUUUAGAUCGCAAAUUUGUCCAAAUGGACAAACCCUAAAAUUAGUUCAAGUUAAGUAAAAUGGAAAGAAAAAUACAUGUAUUUUUAAAAACUAAA